GGGGCUCAUUGCAUUUUUUUAGAUUUUGAGAUUGGUACACAAACAAACGUAGCCAUAGCAACCAAGUCCAUGUAGCGUAUUAUUGUGUUGAUAUGUCUCAUAGGUUAAGCGGGAAAUACACGGUUUUAAAUCAAUACACUCGGGAAGAAGGAGCUCAUUUCAAGCAAUUCGUGGGAAAAAGGAGUUCAUUGCAGUCCUUUCAAGCAAUAAGCGAGAAGAAGGGGCUCAUUGCAGUUUCUCCUGGUGGCGACAACUUGUACUACUCCCAAUAUCAUUUACUGUAACUAGUUUGAGGUUAUGUUUUUGUUCCUAAUAGUGUUGUGAAGAGUGUUUUAGCAACAUUUUACAAACUAAUAUUUGCGUAAGUUAAAAACUAUGGAUGAAAACGAAGAUAGUAGUGAUGAGCUUGUGAAAAAGUGUGGAAAUGACAGCAAAAAGCGAAAGUCGUUCGGAAGAAUGAAAGAAGUAAGUAAGAAAAUUAAACUUAUGAGUCAUGAGUCAGGCCCAAACUGCCUAUGCCGUCUAAAAUGUUUUGAAUCAGUGCCGAAAGAAACAAGGGUUGAAAUACUUAAAAAUUUCAACCUUCUUGAGACCCAUGAUUUACAAAAUUCUUAUCUUUGCGGCCUAAUUACUGUCCUUCCAGUACGCCGUCCUACAAAAAAUGAAAAUGCUCGAAAAUGUGAUGCAGUGUAUAAGUAUAAGAUCCGUGGUUUAAUUAAUGGCAAGAUGACAGAACAAAUCGUGUGUAAGAAAGCAUUUAUUGCUAUACAUGGCAUCAGCAAGAAAAAAAUUGAAUAUCUAGUCAGAUCGUUAAAACUCGUUGGAGUGUCCCCAAAAGAUAAACGAGGUAAACAUAAUAAUAGGCCACAUAAACUGACAGAUGACGAAAUAAACUGUGUAAAAAGUCACAUAUCGUCUUUUAAAGGGCGUAGCAGUCAUUAUGGCUUACAUGACUCGAACAAACUCUAUCUGCCCGAAGAGUUAAACGUUGUAAAGAUGCACAUGAUGUUUAAGGAAAAAUUUCCUACGUACAAAGUAUCGUACGAAUCUUACAGAAAAAUCUUUUGUGAAAGCUUCAACAUUGCGUUUGGAUACCCUAGGACGGACACAUGCAGCAUUUGUGAUCAGUUUACGGUAAAGGUCAGAUCAUUAGAAUUAGAGUUAAAAAAUGCUCCUGAAUUUGAAAAAGCGAAUAUUACAUUAAAUAUUAGGAAGUUGAACGUUGAAAAUGAAGUUCACAAGCGAAAAGCUGAACAGUUUUAUUCUAGGAAAAGACAAGCAAAACGACAAAGCAAGGUAGAUGAUAGUCUAGAGGCCAUUUGUAUUGAUUAUGGAAAGAACUUACAGGUUCCUAACAUCCCUACAAACGACAUAUACUACAAAAGACAAUUGUCCGUUUAUGCAUUCAAUGUACAUGUUUUGUCCGAUGCCAGAAGUGUAUUUUACAUGUAUCCUCAAACAGAAGGAGGCAAAGGCAGUGACGAGGUUUGUACAUUCGUACACCAUUUUGUUUACAACUAUUUGGAUGAAAAUGUCAAACAUUUACGCAUUUUUGCUGACUCUUGUGCUGGGCAACAAAAGAACUUUACUUUCUUCAGAUUUUUGUUCAAUUUAGUGAACUAUGAAAACAAGUUAGAAUCGGUAACAGUGACGUUCCCCAUUCGGGGUCAUUCCUAUAUGGAAAAUGACAAGAAUAUGGGACUAAUAAACACCAAAUCCAGAGCUGAAGUUCCUGAAGAUUGGGUCAAUAUAGUUAAAGAAUCUAGAAGAAACCCAUCACAUUUUGAGGUAGAGGUUGUAGAUCAUGAACAAAUUAAAGGAUGGACCAAAUUCUUGGAUGAAAAAUAUGCUACAAAGUGCCCGUUUAAAUCUCGUCCAAUCCGAGAGCUUCAUAUUGUUCGUGGUCAACAUGUCCAAUUCCGGAAGAGUUAUUUUGGGGCAUUGGAAAGUGCUUCUAUCUACAAAACUGUCCCAAACAGAGGUCGUAAGAAAAAAAACCAGCCAUUGCCACCAGUCAAUGUUGGAAGGUCGGAUGAAUUCAACCUUCCUGAUUCGUGCUAUAAAGAUUGUUUGCCCUUAAAAGAAGCAAAGUACAAAGACCUUCAAGACUUGAAGAAAUUUUGUAGCCCAUCUGCAGCCGAAUACUUCGAGAAACUAUUGCAUGAAUGAUGAAGACACAUUUUAACCCUAUUCAGGAUUUACAGUACUAGAUGUUUUCUUGAGUUCUUUGGAUAGUUUUGUUAAUUUUAUUUAAAUAAAACUGUAUUUCUUGAUGUGUCAAAUGAGUGCAUGUUAUUUUAACCUACCAUUACCCUAUCUAACCUAAAAAAACUGGGGA